CACCAACUUUGUAAUAUACGAAACUCAACCUUCUUACCGCAUCGUCCGCAGACACCGUGGCUAAGCUGCGCAAUCUCUAGUGAUCUGUUUUGAAACAUUAAGGCGUAUAUUGUUCGAGGUUGUGUUCAUCUUAGAAAGCAGCAGAGCUCAGAUGCUUUCUGCUCCACUCCUCGACCAAGAAAAUGUUUUCGGCGCUACGAAAUACAAGGCACCACCAUCGGCACGCCAUGGUGUGCAUGAUUCUGGGUCCGUAGCAAUGACUACCCGCACGGAGGAUGGUACAUUCGCAACGACGGAGGGCACACUACACGUCUCGAAGCCAUUCCGGUCAAGAUCGACGAAGAAACUCCGCGCAAUGAUUACAUUUGAGCCUAGAAAGACGCAUUUCGACACAACGAAUGAAGCGUCGGGCACAAACGAGUUCCGCGGUUUCUUUACGCUCUUCUGGAUGUCGUUGUUUCUAUUCACAGUACAGACUUAUAUCAGUAGCCUCGAAGCUAACGGUUAUGCUCUGUCGUUCGCCUUUGCGACAAUGUUUUCGCGGCACGCAGUCACGUUAGCACUAAGUGACUUGCUCCUGGUUUCUACCACUGUUUUAUGCGUGCCAUUUGCCAAAGCUAUUAGCAAGGGCUGGAUCAACUACUAUUGGACAGGCGCCGUUCUACAGCACAUCUUCCAGACAUGUGUGCUACUCGUCACAGUCACAUGGACAUUUCAUAGACAAUGGCCCUGGGUCCAGUCCGGCUUCCUCACUCUCCACUCAUUCGUCAUGAUCAUGAAGAUGUACUCUUACGUGUCCGUGAACGGCUACCUGCAGUGGAUUUCCAGGCGCUCGUUGGACGUCCUCGCAGAGCUCAAGUGUGCCACAGCCCGUGUUGGAGGAAUGGAGCAGGCGUUACACGACGCAACUUCGAAGAGGGCAGAAGCAGAGGCGGCGCGGCGAGUAGCCGAGUCGCAUGCUGAUGACGUAUUAACGCCGAUGGAAACGUGCACCCCCGACGCGGAGGGAGCAUUGAUGAAGUCGUUCACUGACGUGAAGACGGCUGCUGCCCUGAGGCGAAGGCUUGCUGCCUUCUCCGAAAGUCCGGAUGGGAGCCUUGAGACUGAGCGCGAUGGAGUUAAUGAAAAUGGGGGCGGAACUGAGAAAGUUGAGGAGGCUUCGGUUGCAUGUGUCCUUUCAUACCACCCGGAUGAACUCAUUGCAGGUCUAGCAAAAGAAUUCCUAGACUUGGACUCGGAACUAGUUAGUACAGGUCCAGAACAAGUGCGCUGGCCAGAGAACGUCACGUACUGGAACUUUGCGGUCUAUCAGCUGAUCCCGACGUUGGUAUACGAGCUCGAAUACCCAAGAACCGACCGAAUACGGCCGGUGUAUAUUUUCGAAAAGACAGCUGCAUUCAUGGGCUCAUUUGCACUGUUAUACACAGUCGCAGAGUGUUUUAUCAUACCGCUCACACCUACACCGGAUCAGUCGUUUUUUCGCUCCCUCCUAGAUCUUGCGCUGCCGUUCAUGAUUGCGUUUCUGCUUCUGUUUUAUAUCAUAUUUGAAUGCAUUUGUAAUGCGUUUGCUGAGCUUUCCUACUUCGCCGAUCGUCUGUUCUACGAAGACUGGUGGAAUUCCACUUCCUGGGAGGAAUUUUCACGCAAAUGGAACAAACCGGUGCAUAGUUUCCUCCUGCGGCAUGUGUAUGCUUCGACACGCGCAUCGUACGGCCUGUCGCGCACCACAGCAAUGUUCGUCACAUUCUUUCUCAGCGCCAUUGCGCAUGAGCUGGUCAUGACGAUUGUGACGAAGAAGAUUCGCAUGUACCUGUUCCUGAUGCAACUCAUCCAGAUCCCAUUGAUCUUGGUGAGCAGGGCACCGGUGAUCCAGCGCAACAAGCUCAUGGGGAAUGUGAUAUUUUGGGUGGGCCUCUAUGCUGGCUUCCCUCUGCUUUGCGUUGCAUAUGUUGCAUAUUGAGAGGGUGACGUAGAAGAUUUUGACAAACGAUCAGAAGGAUGGAAGGUAUAUAUCUUGAGAAUAUCACGACAGAUUCUUUCGGUACCCUACAUUACCACAUAUCAUUAUUUUUGUCGUACCUAUAUGUAAUUAAUAUAUCGAGCAUGCUCUGAAGAAUCUGAUAAGUUUUACCAAUGAGUCAAUAAGACACA